AUGGCUCCUUCCUUUCACAAUCACAGUAAUCUCCAGGAUGCAUGGUAUGUCCUGACUGGAAUCCCAGGACUGGAAGAUUUGCACACUUGGAUCUCCAUCCCUAUCUGCUCGAUGUACAUUGUGGCAGUUGUAGGCAAUAUCUCUUUGAUCUUCUUGAUAGUGAUUGAGCGAAGUCUGCAUGAGCCCAUGUAUUUUUUCCUUUCCAUGUUGGCCUUAGCAGAUCUCCUGCUCUCCACUGCCACAACUCCCAAGAUGCUGGUCAUUUUCUGGUUCCAUUCUGCUGUUAUAUCCUUUGGUGGCUGUGUAACUCAGAUGUUCUUCAUACAUUUCAUCUUUGUGGCAGAAUCUGCAAUACUCCUGGCCAUGGCAUUUGACCGCUAUGUGGCCAUCUGUUACCCAUUGAGAUACACCACAAUCCUCACCUCUUCAGUCAUCGGGAAGAUUGGCAUAGCAGCAGUGGUGAGAAGCUUUAUCAUUUGUUGUCCAUUCAUCCUUCUGGUCUAUCGACUUACAUACUGUGGAAGAAACAUCAUUCCCCAUUCAUACUGUGAGCACAUGGGUAUUGCCAGAUUGGCAUGUGACAGCAUCAAUGUCAACAUCAUUUAUGGAAUGACAGUGGCCCUGCUCUCUACAGGGUUGGAUGUAGUGUUCAUCAUUAUGUCCUACACAAUGAUCCUAAACACAGUGUUUCAGAUACCUUCCUGGGCUGCCAGAUUUAAGGCCCUUAAUACAUGUGGUUCCCACAUCUGUGUCAUCCUUAUGUUCUAUACACCAGCAUUCUUUUCAUUUUUUGCCCAUCGCUUUGGGAGCAAAACCAUACCUCAUCACAUACACAUCCUAGUUGCUAACCUCUAUGUGGUGGUGCCCCCUAUGCUCAACCCCAUUAUUUAUGGGGUGAAGACCAAACAAAUUCAAGAUAAAAUUCUUUUGUUAUUCUCCCCAAUGAGUACAUGCUGUUGA